AUGGAUUUGCCUAAUACAGACAUUUCACAUAAAUGGAAACACACAUUAAAUGGCCUUUAUAUCCGGUCUUCUUUGCUUAGCAUGUUUUUUAAGACUCAUUCAUGUUGUAGCCUUUAUUGGUACUUCUUUUUAUUAUUAAAUGAUCCAUUGUAUUUAACAAUUCAUAUAAAAAAGGGGACAACACAGGAUGAGAUUGUUGGAUGGCAACACAGACUCAAUGGACAUGAGUUUGAGCAAGCUCUGGGAGUUGGUGAUGGACAGGGAAGCCUGGCCUGCUGCGGUCCAUGGGAUUGCAAAGAGUUGGACAUCACUGAGUGA